CAGCUCAGCUCACAGCAGCAAACAGAGGCGCACCCACCCUAACCCAUCCCCUCCAUGUUAUCCCCAAAACCAAAGCCUCAGGAAUCUAAGCUCACUCAAAAUCAUUAAGUACACAAAAAAAAAAAAAGGAAAUGGGCUGGCUUUGUCUGAAUGAAUGAAAUAUGCCCGACGCACGAACCCUCCGUUUUUACUCCGCCUCUUGCUAGUUUGCUCCAUCGUCGCCUCCCGCCCUCCCGUCGCCCAGGACCGUUACAAUAACUGUGAGAUCGGCGAGAUCUCCGGUCCCGAUCGCCAUCAAGUCAUGUCGAAAUCUCGCGUUUAUACUGACGUCAACGUUCUUCGUCCCAAGGAGUACUGGGAUUACGAGUCCCUUACUGUUCAAUGGGGUGAUCAAGAUGAUUAUGAGGUUGUUCGGAAAGUUGGAAGGGGAAAGUACAGUGAAGUUUUUGAGGGCAUAAAUGUCAAUAGCAAUGAGCGCUGUAUAAUCAAGAUCCUCAAGCCUGUCAAGAAAAAGAAGAUUAAGAGAGAGAUAAAAAUCCUUCAGAAUCUAUGUGGUGGUCCGAAUAUUGUCAAACUUCUUGAUAUUGUAAGAGAUCACCACUCAAAAACGCCUAGCUUGAUAUUUGAGUAUGUCAACAGUACGGAUUUCAAAGUUCUAUACCCUACUUUGACAGACUAUGACAUCCGCUACUACAUAUAUGAACUUCUCAAGGCAUUAGAUUACUGUCAUUCACAAGGAAUAAUGCACAGAGAUGUCAAGCCUCACAAUGUCAUGAUAGAUCAUGAGCUGCGCAAACUUCGCUUGAUAGAUUGGGGACUUGCUGAAUUUUACCAUCCUGGCAAAGAGUAUAAUGUCCGUGUGGCUUCUAGGUAUUUUAAAGGACCUGAGCUUCUGGUAGAUUUACAGGACUAUGAUUAUUCUUUGGACAUGUGGAGCCUUGGUUGUAUGUUUGCUGGAAUGAUAUUCCGCAAGGAACCAUUCUUCUAUGGCCAUGACAACCAUGAUCAACUAGUUAAAAUUGCCAAGGUACUUGGAACUGAUGAGUUAAAUGCAUAUCUGAACAAAUACCAUUUGGAGCUUGAUCCUCAACUUGAUUCUCUUGUUGGAAGGCACAGCCGCAAACCCUGGUCCAAAUUCAUUAAUGCAGAUAAUCAGCAUCUUGUUUCUCCAGAGGCAAUUGAUUUUCUUGAUAAGCUGCUUCGAUAUGAUCAUCAGGACAGGCUAACUGCAAGAGAAGCUAUGGCUCAUCCUUACUUCUCUCAAGUGAGGGCUGCAGAAAGCAGCAGGAUGCGGACUCAGUGACCCUUAGUCUUGGGUUCAUCUGUAAAUCAGUCAGACUCAUCUGGGGAGAUUUAUCGUGCUUAAUGUUUACAUAAACUACAAAAUAUUAUGGCUGCCGUUGUCAGUUUUGGGCAGUUGAAGGGUUGUGUAUGAAUAUUACUAUCAUUAUUACUCGCCUAAGUAACUUAUUUUGUUUGAGAGAGCCUACAGUGUUAAUACGUUUUUCUUGGUUUUCA